CAGCGGCAGAUGCGGUUAGCAGCGGCGGCGCAGAGCCGUUAUCAUCAGUGGCGUUAGCAGCGCUAGCAGCGGCGUUAGCAGCGGCAGGCAGGCAGCGGAGCGAGUCCGGCGCUGCGGUCCACCAGAGCGGCCGGUCCCACCACCAUCCUCUCCGGGGAGCCUCUCCGGCGCGAUGCGGCUCUGAAGCAGCGGCGGAGCGGUGGCAGUCUGGGCGGCUCACAGCGGGACAGCGGGGCUCAUCCUUUCGUGGACAUGAGGACAUCUUUGGAGACUUGUCCCCGCGGGCGGAGCGGGAACCUUCACGGAGAGAACGAUUCGUCAUGACCUUUUCCUGUCGACUAGUCACUCUCUGGCUGAAAGACCUUUUUUGCUUCUGGACUUACCAAUGCAGGGAUGAGAUAAUAGAGUCGACUGGCUGGUGACUGCUGCUACAAGACCACCUGUGGGACCAGUUAAUCCACCCCCCCACCCCAAAAUUAGGUUAAUUUCAAAGCUCAAACUAUGACGACACCGGCUCUGCUGCCACUUUCGGGUCGCAGGAUACCCACUCUGUCGCCGGGUGCGUCCUCUUUCCCGCACCACAGGGCUACGUUGAGGCUGUCGGAGAAGUUCAUCCUCCUCCUUAUACUUAGUGCCUUCAUCACUUUAUGCUUUGGGGCCUUCUUUUUCCUCCCGGACAAUUCCAAGCACAAGCGCUUCGACCUGGGCUUGGAGGAUGUGCUCAUCCCUCAUAUCGACUCGGCCAAAGAGGGGAAGCACUCCUCAGGGCAGGUGGUCAUACAUGGACAAGGAGGACACGAUGAGAGCAGACACAGGGAGGAGGAAGAGAGCCUACGAGACAAGAUUCGCGCGGACCACGAGCGAGCACUGCAGGAGGCAAAAGAGAAGCUGCGGAAGUCGCGCGAGGAGCUGAAGGCCGAGAUCCAGACGGAGAAGACUAAAGUGAUGGAGGACCUGAAGAAGAAGGAUGCCGGACCUAAACCCCUGCCGCCGGUCCCCAUGCCCAAGGUGGUGGGGGUCAGCGAUGGAGAGCCGCCAGAGCCCGACGUCAAAGAGAAACGUGACAAGAUCAGAGAGAUGAUGAAACAUGGAUGGGACAGCUACAGACAAUAUGGUUGGGGUCACAACGAGCUGAAGCCCAUCGCAAAGAAAGGACAUUCCACGAACAUCUUUGGUAAUUCUCAAAUGGGAGCAACCAUUGUGGAUGCUUUAGACUCGCUGUACAUCAUGGGUCUGCACGAGGAGUUCAAGGACGGCCAGGAGUGGAUCGAGCAGAAUCUGGACUUCGGUGUGAAUGCUGAGGUGUCGGUGUUUGAAGUAAACAUCCGGUUCAUCGGGGGACUGCUGGCCACGUACUACCUCUCUGGACAGGAAGUGUUCAAGAUGAAGGCGGUCCAGCUGGCUGAGAAGCUCCUUCCUGCCUUCAACACACCCACUGGGAUCCCCUGGGCCAUGGUCAACCUUAAGAGUGGCGUCGGCCGUAACUGGGGCUGGGCGUCGGCAGGAAGCAGCAUCCUGGCUGAGUUUGGGACUCUGCACAUGGAGUUUGUUCACCUCACCUACCUGACGGGAAACCCUGCUUACUACCAGAAGGUGAUGCACAUUCGGAAGCUGCUGGCCAAAAUGGACCGACCCAACGGGCUGUACCCCAACUACCUGAACCCCCGCACCGGCCGCUGGGGCCAGCAUCAUACCUCGGUUGGAGGACUAGGAGACAGUUUUUAUGAAUACCUGCUGAAGGCGUGGCUUAUGUCUGACAAAACUGACACAGAAGCUCGCAAGACCUACGACGAUGCCAUCGAGGCCAUCGAACGUCACCUCAUACGUAAAUCCAACGGCGGUCUGACAUUCAUCGGGGAGUGGAAGAACGGCCACCUGGAGAGGAAGAUGGGCCACCUGGCCUGCUUCGCUGGUGGGAUGUUUGCACUGGGAGCAGAUGGCUCGCCGGACGACAAGGCCGGACACUAUCUGCAGCUCGGAGCCGAGAUCGCACACACCUGCCACGAGUCGUAUGACAGGACAGUGCUAAAGCUCGGCCCGGAGGCCUUCAAGUUCGACAGCGGCCUGGAGGCGGUGGCUGUCCGGCAGAACGAGAAGUACUACAUCCUGCGGCCGGAGGUGAUCGAGACGUACUGGUACAUGUGGAGGUUCACCCACGACCCCAAGUACAGGCAGUGGGGCUGGGAGGCAGCACAGGCCAUUGACAAGUACUGCCGGGUGAGUGGAGGUUUCUCGGGGGUGAAGGACGUGUACUCGUCCAACCCGACCUACGACGACGUGCAGCAGAGCUUCUUCCUGGCUGAAACCCUCAAGUACCUGUACCUGCUGUUCUCCAGCGACGACCUGCUGCCGCUGGAGAGCUGGGUGUUCAACACGGAGGCCCACCCGCUCCCCGUCCUCCACCUGGGCAACGUGACGCUGCCCGGCAGCGAGCCCGCCCAGCGGUAGGCCGGCGGGCCGGGCCGGCUGCUCCACCCCGGCAGCAGGGGGGCGCCCCCUCUCCGCCCGCCUGUCUGCUCGUCCAGAAACCCACGCACCAACACCAGACAAGCUUCCAUUGAGACUUUCAUCUGCGUUUGGACUGCAGGCGUGAGCCGGAGGAGGCGGAGCCACGUCCCCCGGCACAGACGCUGCAGAGAGGAGAGGACCCGCUCCGACUCUCCCUCUCCUCCUCUUUGUCGUACUCUGUCCAUCUGUGUCUUUACUGCUUCAAUCAGACGGACGGUGGGUUUGCUGCUCAAACAAACUCUUCAAACCUGAGGCUCCACUCCUUUUUUGUUUUUGGUUCUGUUGCCUCUACUUGACCAAACUUUCCUGCCAUAGACUCAAGCUGAGGUCGGCCAGUUUGACACUGUGCUGAUGGAUUUUUUUUUUUCUUUUCAUUUUUUCCAGACAGACACGAGAACUUAACAGAGUCUGUUUAUGACAUGUGUCUUUCUGUUGUUCUUUUUUUUUUUUUUCUUCAGUUCUGGACAAAUGAUUACUGGAGACACAGGGUUGAAUCCAAGCCCUCGGCCCCCCCCCCGACCCAUCCCCGCCCCCCCAGCCAACUUCCUGUGUAAUCUCCAUCAGAUGAACGCUGACCUGGAAUUGUUAGCAGCUGAUCAUGGUGACAUCAGUCCCCACCACCUCCGAACCUCCGAAUGAACCAACGAACCACCGCAAAUGGAAAAGUAAUCAGAGAAGCGGCCUGGUCCCUUUCAGCCCCCCCCCCCCGCCGCCUCGCAUCGUUCCAGCUAGAGACCACUCCGAACUGUUGCUGCUCCUGAUUCCAUCGUCUCUUAUUUGCCAUAUCGUCAUCCAGUUAAUCACGCCGGUUAGUGCUCAGCCCUGCUUUCGUUGAAGUACCAGUCCGUCUGCUGUGAAGCGUUUAUUUGUGCACUUUGUAUGGGAACACUCUGCAGGCGGGGGGGGGGGGGGGGUGGAGGUGUAGCACUGAGAGGGGAAUGAAUCGCGACAUCACGCCUCCGUUCUGAGCUUUCAUGUCACAUUUCCUCCGUUCAGCCGCCACACGCCGCCAGCCGGCUGCAUCGGUCGGCCACUCGCGCGCUGCUUUUACUCAUCCAGGUGCUACAAUUUGCAAUUUGUCUUUUUUUUUAAUGGAUUCCUUUUUGAAUUGAUGCUUUUCUUCUUCUUCUUCUUCUCAAUCCUCCGACUUCCAUUUCCCCAUCAACGUCUCCCAUUUCAAACUUCCUAAAAGACUGACUCACCCUAAUUUGAUAAAGUCCAAUCAUUUCUUGAGUUUUCAGCUUUAUUUAUACUGUUAAAUCGAGUCUCUGCUCCUGUAAUCUUGCCUCCAGCGUGUUACUUGUUUACUGCACAGUUCUGAAAAGCUACUAACACUCAGACCUUGUUCCUCUUAUUUUCUUUGCUGCAAUAAAACAAUAAUGCUUCUGAAGUCGGAAAAAAGGUAAAAAAAAUACUGAAAAUGAUGUGAUAAAGCAAAAUCCCGAGCGUGUGGACAUGCUGCGGGAGGUCAGGCCGUCACGCAGCCGUUUCUGCUUCCUGCCAUCAGUCCUGACGCAGCAGGAGCUUCAGUUCCCCCGGUCCCUGAGAUUAGACCGUCAGCUCAAACGCUUCGCGCUGGCAAACACACACAAGUCCGACUCCGGAGCUGCUCUCGCUCCUGAAUUUGUCUGGAGGCUUCAGACGCGCCGUGACCCGCGCUUGAACCUACGGCUCCCCGUCCGGAGCAAACAAACAUUCAUCAAACAGAACCGAGGCUCCAGUACGCUCAUCUGAAAUGAUGCGAGUAUUUGGGAAGUGGCACACAAACAGCAGGCCGUGUUGGAGGCAGAGUGACCGCAGAGGAGAGGAUGUGAAGCCACUAAUC